GUGGCGCGGGCGCCUGCUCAGUGCGCUCUGGCCCGCCUGCCCUGCGCUGUUCCGUCCGGGUCCCUCCGGGCCGCCGUAGAGCUUGCUCUGGCCGCUGGGUGAGGAAUGGAGCCGGUGGGCGGUGGCGGAGACCGCUGCGGCUCCUCCUCCGCGGAUCCGCGAAGCACCUUCGUGUUGAGUAACCUUGCCGAGGUGGUGGAGCGUGUGCUCACCUUCCUGCCCGCUAAGGCGCUGCUGCGAGUGGCCGGCGUGUGCCGCUUAUGGAGGGAGUGUGUGCGCAGAGUGUUGCGGACCCACCGGAGUGUGACCUGGAUCUCCGCAGGCCUGGCUGAGGCCGGCCACCUGGAGGGGCAUUGCUUGGUUCGCGUGGCAGCGGAGGAGCUUGAGAAUGUUCGCAUAUUACCACAUACAGUUCUCUACAUGGCUGAUUCAGAAACUUUCAUUAAUCUGGAAGAGUGUCGUGGCCACAAGAGAGCAAGGAAAAGAACUAGUAUGGAAACAGCAUUUGCCCUUGAAAAGCUGUUCCCGAAACAAUGCCAGAUCCUUGGGAUUGUGACCCCAGGAAUUGUAGUGACUCCAAUGGGAUCAGGUAGCAAUCGACCUCAGGAAAUAGAAAUUGGAGAAUCUGGUUUUGCUCUAUUAUUCCCUCAAAUCGAAGGAAUAAAAAUACAGCCCUUCCAUUUUACUAAGGAUCCGAAGAAAUUAACAAUAGAAAGACACCAACUCACUGAAGUAGGUCUCAUAGAUAACCCUGAACUUCGUGUGGUCCUUAUCUUUGGCUAUAAUUGCUGUAAGAUGGGAGCCAGUAAUUAUCUGCACCGAGUAGUCAGCAGUUUUAGUGAUAUGAAUAUCAUCUUGGCUGGAGGCCAAGUGGACAACCUGUCAUCACUGACUUCUCAAAAGAACCCUGUGGAUCUUGAUGCCACUGGUGUUGUUGGGCUAUCAUUUAGUGGACUCCGAAUCCAAAGCGCCACCGUGCUCCUCAACGAGGAUGUCACUGAUGAGAAGUCUGCCGAGGCUGCGAUGCAGCGCCUCAAAGCUGCCAACAUUCCCGAGCAGAACACCAUCGGCUUCAUGUUUGCAUGCGUUGGCAGGGGCUUUCAGUAUUAUAGAGCCAAGGGGAAUGUUGAGGCUGAUGCAUUUAGAAAGUUUUUUCCUAGUGUUCCCUUAUUUGGCUUCUUUGGAAAUGGAGAAAUUGGAUGUGAUCGGAUAGUCACUGGGAACUUUAUAUUGAGGAAAUGUAAUGAGGUAAAGGAUGAUGAUCUGUUUCAUAGCUACACAACAAUAAUGGCACUCAUUCAUCUGGGGUCAUCUAAAUAACAACAUCUUUAAAGUGGCUUUCACAA